AUGAUCAACUUUGAUUCUGGCACCUUCUUCAAAGACACACUCCACGCCCAAUUUGCAGUUUCCCUCUCCCCUUGCCCGCCCGGGACAUGUCCCCGGCCCGCUCCUGGCCACGGCCCCGGCGCCGGCCCCGGCCCCGACCGCGGCCCCGGGCGUCCUGUCCCGCUCUCGCCACCGCCCGGCUCCAGCCGAGCUGGCGCUGGCGCUUCUGGGCGGGCCUCAGUGCCUGGGGCUGGGGCGGUAUCAUCGCCCUUUGGCUCCGCCUGCUUCGAGCCCUGCCCCGGCCCUGGGAAGGCGCAGGAGGCCCUGCAGCAGCGCUACAGGAUCGGCACGCUGCUGGGGCGCGGCGGAUUCGGCAGGGUUUUCUUGGCCACUCGGCUCUCGGAUGGCGCCCCGGUGAGCAGAGGGGCCAGCGGCGGGCGGAGGAGGAGGAGGGGGCAGAGAAGGCGAAGGGGGCGGAGGAGUAGGAUGGGGCUGGACACGGUGGCCAUCAAAAAGGUGCCACGGAACCGCAUCCGGCGCUGGGGCGAGCUGCCCGACGGCUCCAGCGCACCAUUGGAGAUAGUGCUGCUGGACAAGGUGUCCACAGGCUUCUCCGGUGUGGUGCAACUGCUGGAAUGGUUUGAGCUCCCCAAGCACAUCGUAAUGGUGCUGGAGCGCCCAGAGCGAUGUGAGGACCUGCGGCGCUACAUUCGGGCACGGAUAUUCCUGUCCGAGGAAGAGGCGCGGGAGCUUUUCCGGCAGGUUCUGGAGGCCGUGCGGCACUGCACCAGCUGCAGGGUCCUUCACAGAGACAUCAAACCAGAGAACAUCCUGGUAGACCUGGACACCGGCGAGGCAAAAUUGAUUGACUUUGGCUGUGGCACCUACCUGCAGGACACAGCCUACACACAAUUUGCAGGAACACGAUCAUACAGACCCCCGGAAUGGACCAACUUCGGAUGGUACCAUGGCGAGGCAGCAACCGUCUGGACCCUGGGCAUCCUGCUGCAUGAGAUGGUCUGCGGGAAGCACCCUUUCAGGAGGGGCUGGAACAUCAGCUGGGGCCAUCUCCUGCUGCCACAACAGCUCUCCCAAGUGACAGCCAGGCCCUGGGCAGAACCCUGA